CGCGGCCCGGGCCGGAAGUCGGCGAGUUCCCGGGUGUGUGCCUCCGUCUGUCUGUGUCUGGAAGCGGCGGGCGGCCCGGGACAGACGCCGGGGAACCCCGUCGGAGGCGUCGCCGCUGCACCGCCGCCGCCCACGGAGCCGCUGGCAGAGCGGAGUAGACCCGGCCCCUCGCCGGGCAGAGAAGAUGUUGCCCCUGUCCAUCAAGGACGAUGAAUACAAACCACCCAAGUUCAAUCUGUUCCGCAAGAUUUCGGGCUGGUUUAGGUCUAUCCUGUCGGACAAGACGUCCCGGAACCUGUUUUUCUUCCUGUGCCUGAACCUCUCUUUCGCUUUUGUUGAACUACUCUACGGCAUCUGGAGCAACUGCUUAGGCUUGAUUUCCGACUCUUUUCACAUGUUUUUCGAUAGCACUGCCAUUUUGGCUGGAUUGGCAGCAUCUGUUAUUUCAAAAUGGAGAGAUAAUGAUGCUUUCUCUUAUGGGUAUGUUAGAGCGGAAGUUCUGGCUGGCUUUGUCAAUGGCCUAUUUUUGAUCUUCACUGCUUUUUUUAUUUUCUCAGAAGGAGUUGAGAGAGCAUUAGCCCCUCCAGAUGUACACCAUGAGAGACUGCUUCUUGUUUCAAUUCUUGGGUUUGUGGUAAACCUAGUAGGAAUAUUUGUUUUCAAGCAUGGAGGUCAUGGACAUUCUCAUGGCUCUGGCCAUGGACACAGUCAUUCCCUUUUUAAUGGUGUUCUGGAUCAGGCCAAUGGCCAUGGAGAUCAUUGCCAUAGUCAUGAAUUAAAACAUGGUGCUGCACAUAGUCAUGAUCAUGCUCAUGGACAUGGACACUUUCAUUCACAUGAUGGUCCCUCCUUAAAAGAAACAGCUGGACCCAGCAGACAGAUUUUACAAGGUGUAUUUUUACACAUUCUGGCAGAUACACUUGGGAGUAUUGGUGUAAUUGCCUCUGCCAUCAUGAUGCAAAAUUUUGGUCUGAUGAUAGCAGAUCCUAUUUGUUCAAUCCUGAUAGCCAUGCUCAUAGUUGUAAGUGUUAUUCCUCUUUUAAGAGAGUCUGUUGGAAUAUUAAUGCAGAGAACUCCUCCAUUGUUGGAAAAUACUCUGCCUCAGUGCUAUCAGAGGGUGCAGCAGUUGCAAGGAGUUUACAGUUUACAAGAGCAGCACUUCUGGACCUUAUGUUCCGAUGUUUACGUUGGGACCUUGAAAUUAGUAGUAGCCCCUGAUGCUGAUGCCAGGUGGAUUUUAAGCCAAACACAUAAUAUUUUUACUCAGGCUGGAGUGAGACAGCUUUAUGUACAGAUUGACUUUGCAGCCAUGUAAUGAAUGAAAAGAAAUGAUCCUUUUUGGGGGACCUGAUGUUUCCGGUACUGUACAAUCCAAAACCUUGUACCUAGCUUUUUAAAACAGAAAAAAUCAUCACUCUAAUUUCCCAGCACCAAGUAGGCCAGGUAGCCUCAGCAGUUGGUGCUCUGCCGGGAGCUCAUGGCUAAGGGAUCAGAAUUAAGAGGAUCUCUCCUGGACUUUUGGUUUUGUCUUUGUGCUCUUCCCUCCAAAUCAUUUUGAUUUCUGAGGUUUGCAGUUUUGUUCCAGGGUGUUACUUUUUAUUUGUUUACUUUUUUUUUUUUUUUUUUUUUUGGUCAUUUCAAAAAUGCCCUUACUCCUAGUCGUCAUCCUAGCCAGUAAGAAUUCAACUGAUGGGCUUGCAGUCAUCUGGAAAUGUCUUCACUGAAGCUGCUGGAAACCACUGCUUUCAUUUCCACAAAACUAGUGUUAUUAAAAAAAAAAAAAGAAAUGGAUAUUGUUUUAUAUAUAAUGUCACAAUGGUUGACAUUCUUCGGUAUAAUCUUAUGUUUGUAAAAUUGUUUGUACCUUGCAAACUUAAGAACCAAACCAUAUUGGGUUUUCAAAGUGCCUUUGUAUCAGAAAAUGUAUUUGCCAGCAUAAAAAUGUACCAUCAAAGGUCAUGCAUAUGUUGUUUUUUUUUUAAUGGAUGGUUCUAUAAUCUGUACAAAGUAAGACUUAGUAAGUGAUGUAUACAGAUUGUGUACUUCCAGCAUAGGUUUAACUAUAUGAAGUUUCCUCUUAUUACUCUAUGUCAUCAAAAACACAAGGUGUUUGGCUUUCUAAAUCAAUUAUCACAUUAAAUUAUUCUGUGGACUGUGUUUUCAAAACUUUGCAAAUGCAUCUGUUAUAUAGACGAUUAUUUUGACUUACUUAAAGCAUCUGCUAAGUCCCAAAUUUCUCUGAAAGCUACUGUGUCUGUGAAAACUUCCCUAUAUGUCUCCUUGUUGUUUUUAUGGGUUUUAUUUUAUUUUUUUAGGUAGAGAGGAGAGAGACAGAGCAGAGGGGCAUAGGGACAGAGGGAGAGAGAGAAUCUUAAGCAGGCUCCACACCCAGUGCAGAGCCCCACAGGGGGCUGGAUCUCACAACCCUGAGUUCAUGACCUGAGCUGAAAUUAAGAGUUAGAUGCUUAACUGACUGAGCCACCCAGGCACCCCUGUGGAUUUUAUUAAUGAAAGGUGAUGUAGAGUGAAAACAGAAAUGGUUGUGAUGUUACUUUGUUUUUUCAUUCUUCAAAUGCCAAGUCAUUCAAAUGCCAAGUUUUAUUUUCUGGUGCAAGCAUUGUACAAAUACAGUUGCUUUAAGAAAUCCUAAAAGCAGCAUUUUAUUGAGUUUGAACUAUUGAAGAUACAGAUCAAUUGUGAAAAACAGGUGUCUUAGAAGUUAAUAAAUAAGUUGAUUUCUAGGUUCUUGUGUAUUUGAAAAAUAAAAUUGUGAUUUGAGAUGACAGGUGCUUGAACAGUCAGAUAUUCUGUUUUUGAAGAAAUAUUGAUCUGGAUAGACAUAUACCCAUUGUUCUUCAUUUUAUCAUAAUGUAUGUUCCCUUUUAACUUUAAAAAACUGAAAAUUCUUUGGGAGAAAAAACUCUGUAGGCUGGAAACAAUUGUUCAGAACAUACACCCAUGAUCCUUUUCUCACCGAGGAGGGAGAAAUCACUGUUGAUUUUGUCUCUUUCUCCCUGUUUCCGAUCUACAAUUUAUGAACUAAAGUGUAUUAGGAAAACUAGACAACUUUCUUUAUGCUUCUCUGAACUGCUGUGGAUUACUACGAGCUGUUGACAGCCUCCUUUUUGCAGAUUAAGCAGUAUUCUCAAAGCCUCCUUACUUACUGCCAGCCAGUUCUAAAGCUAAGAAUUCCUGCAGUAGAAUGUGUUUAACUAAGACAGUUGUUGCGACAUUUUAGGAGGGAAAGUAUACAAGGCAGUGUCCUGGCCGUGUGCUGCUUUUUCAUUGUAAGUGUAAGUGGUCAUUUGGGAUUGUGCGUCCGCUUCAGAGCAGAGCCUGAUAGAGGCCUGGGAGAGUCUGUGGGUUUUGGCAUAUUGUGGAAAAUGCUUGGAUGUGUGCCUUUAUUUUCUUUUCUUUCAAAGAUUUUACUCAUUUAUUCAUGAGAGACACAGAGAGAGAGAGAGAGAGGCAGAGACCCAGGCAGAGGGAGAAGCAGGCCCCCUGCAGGGAGCCCGACGUGGGACUCGAUCCCGGGGCUCCAGGAUCGCGCCCUGGGCCGAAGGCGGGCCCUUCAACCGGCUGAGCCCCCCGGGCGGCCCUGGAUGUGUGCCUUUAAAAGCCGAUAUGUAAUCGUACGGAUUGUUCACAUGUGGAGACGGGGCUUGCCCUGGCCUGUGACCGUGCCCAGUGCGUAGUGAAGCUGCAGUUCUGCUUUUCCUCGAGCCCUCCCGUCCGCGAAGUCCUCGUGGCAGCAGGCAGCCCCUGACUGUGCUCGCGGGACACAAGUGCUCGGGCGUGUGCUUCUGCCUCUGAUACGGCCGAGCGCGCCUGCUGUGGAACUCCAGCUCUGCACCUGUUCUGAGAGGUUUCCAGCUCCUGUCAUUUGGCAGGUUGGCGUCGACUUUUAUGCUUUAAUUAAAUGUCCUGAAACCCGUGUGCGCGGCAGUGACAAAUUAGUGUGCGAAAAAGCAGUUUUGUUCUCGUUCUAACAAACAGUCUGCCUUCUAGGUUUUGGCACAGACCUACCGCUCACGUGGAUAAUUCCACUGACAGGUGCUACCCGAUGUAGUAGAUGUGAGAUGCUCUGCCGUUGAGCUAACUUUUGGGGCAGCGGUGGGCGCGGGGGCUCUCCGUAGUUCUGCUAGUAUUUGAAACAUCCAAAUAUUCUCUGGAGAACAAAUUUGUUUUGCUGCGGGAGAAUCACCUUGCUAAGUAAACAUCCCCAAACCGAAAUAGACCUACGUUAGCUCUGUGUCUUAAAAUCUGGGCUGCGCGCUCGCAGGCCUUGCGGUGCGCAGGACGCCGCCUUGCUGCCCCUGCUCUCCCUCCUGUGAACCAGGCUGGCUCUGCAGAGGCCCGAGGCAGCAGGAGCUCGGCAUCGCAUCUCCGAGCCGCCGCGCCCACACCAGCCAGCAAAAUACUGGGCCUGGGCACCGUCACAGAGCAGCCCAGGCGGCCACUCCGAGGCGGGUGCCCAGCGUUCCACAGCGUUUUCACCUACUAUGGAAUAAUCCGUUUUCUAAAGAUUAUUAAUACGGUGGCAUCCUCCUACAACGCUGGCACGUAAGAUCAAAAAUACUUGAUUGCUUAACACAGAGUUUUACAUCUGAGGGACUGUCCUUAAAAGCAGCCUCGUUCUACCUCUCAUUUUACAGAUGAGAAAAAUGAAGCCCAGAAAUGCUGUCAUUUACUCAAGGUCACAGAGGUAAUUAGUGGCAAAGCCAAGACCAAAAUCCAGGUCUUCUGACUCCAAGUCGAGUUCUUUCUACUCUACUGUGCUGCCUCUCAGUGUAAUAUUUGCCUUUCUGUAAAUGUGAUGAAAAAGCAUUUGUAAAUAAAGGAAAGCUGACCUCCAUUUUUGGUACAUUAAGGCACUUUAUAAAUGGAGUUUUAUUGUCUUAUUUUUCAUAAGUAAUGACGAGGUUUAGAAUAUUAUUUCCAUUACGAGGUUUAGCAUAUUCUUUAUGGAAGAUAUAAUUUUUGUACUCCUUUACUUUUUUACUCUUAUGAAACCAAUUCCUGAUUUUUAAAAUAUGAUGACAUCUGUGCUUUGGAUACUUUUAACUUGGGAGUGAAUUUUUCUGUUAAUUGCCCAAGGCUAAGUCCAAUUUAAGGAUUGCUUAGUUUUCUUUAUUUUGUAUAUAUUCUGUGAGCUGGUACUUUUCAGAAACCAGGCUAAUUCUCACAGGUCAAACCAUUUCAGUCUUGACACUUUAGUUUUCACUUACCGGGGCUUUUGGAUUUUUGACAUUCUCAGAGCCACACAAAAUUGGGCAUUAAAUGAAAUACAGAACAAAACAAGUCUUUUAAUUCAAUAGAAUGCCAAAUGUUAAAUUGCUUACUUUCAACAAGAAAGCAUUACCUUGAUAAAAUUGAACUUUUUUUCUGUCACCAUCUUCAAAAAAGAAAUUAUUUUCCAAUUCAUAGAGCUUUGGGGAAAAAUUUUAUUUUUUGAAGAAUACUCAUUAAAAGUUUUAUUAAUGGAAGAAUAUUGUUUCAAGACAAGACCUACCAGAAGCCUUAGUGAUCCAGAUCUCUACCAUCGAGAGAUAGACUUACAUACAAUGAAAAAGUAUGUAUCAAAAGUAUCUGCAGAGAAGUAUAGUUAUAUUUAAAGGCCAAAUAGAUGUCAGUCUUUUUGAUAAGGGCCUCUUUGGUUUGUGUCCAACCAUUUCCCGACUACAAAUUAUAUGGAAAGGGUGGGAGUCCACCUUCAUUAAGUAUUCCUGUGUCUUUGUGUGGCCUUUGCCAUGUCGUUGUCACAUUUGAAAUUCUCACAUUUCAGUAAAGAAAGAAAUCUUGCCUGCUUUUAUGAUUGACAGAGCAUUUUCAAAUACCUUCCCUGGGGAAGGAAUUCAUAACCACAUUUUACAGAUGAGGAAGCUGUUGUAGGAGAAUUUAAAUGACUUGCCUGAGGGAUAGCCAGUGGUAAUGCACUGACCUUAAAUCCAGUGCUUUUUCUGAUGACUACUCUGUUUUAUGUGUGUCUUCUACAGUGGUUUAGAGAUCAAAGAAGUUGUAGCACAUUUGAACAGACUCUUCAAUAAAAUCAGCAAACAAUUACCGUGACAAAAUUAAUUAUGGGGUAGCAGUUGUUCCAUAUACAUGGCUUAAACUCAUUCCUUCAUUCAUGCUCUCCUGCUUAUUUCCAUAUUUCCUACCUUUGCAUUGAAUUUAAACUGUGCGGACUCAAAAGAGUAAGCAGAUCUCCUUUAAGUAUGUUUAAAACCUUUAAAAAAAAAAAAGUUGUAUUGAUGUUCACAGUAAGCUGCUUAAAAGAAGGGACAGACUCUGAAGAGUCCUUGCCAGUGUAAGUAAGUAGAAACUGAGUUCAUCCUGGCUAACAGAGAUUAAUUUAAUUGAUGAGGGAAUUAGCUUUCAAGAAGUACAAAUAAUUUUUGCUGCUUGAGAGGGACCUGAGAAUGUACAACAUUGCAUUUCAUAGACACCUUUUCCAGGAAGAAAUCUGUUUCAUAAUCAGUAGUAAUCUAUGCUUAAUGAUAGUAUUGAACUUUGAACGUUUCCCAUGGCUUUGAAAAUUUAGAAUCUGCAAUUCUGAUGAUGUUGGAAAGGUUGUAAAAAAGAAUGUCUUUGUCUCAUCAUCUAUUGCAUUAUCCCCAAAUUUAGUAUGAACUCACAUGCACAGUAAGUGCUGGUUAACUGGUGAGUAAAUACUGUAGAUAGUAGCGGAUACAAACGUAAGGGCUGGGGCCAGAUAGAACCAGUAAUUUAUUGUUUAUUACAGAAGAUGCCUCAGCUUUUCUUUGGCAUUUUUGCACAAAUAAGUGACUUCGUAUCCACUUUGGCCAUUUUUUUUCAAGGAGCCCUGUGAGCUGUUUCUCAAUUUUAAUCCAGGAACAGUAGACAUACAGAGAUGUGAUCCAUGUUGUUGGAUAGAAAUUUGGCAAAACUAGGACUUGUGGAAGCUCAAUGUGGAAGUCACUUGAAUUUUUACAUUAUGUAUUGCCAAAUGAGACACCACACUGCCUCCUUGGUUUCUGUGGAAAAUUGCCAUAUUUAUAUUAUUACUUUAAGGAUCUGCAUAGAACAUACCUUGUUUCAUUCAUUCCCGGAUCUAUUAUUAUCCAAAACUCCUUGAGUGGUGUAUCAUGAAGGUGCUUCUAUAAAAACAAACACUACAUGUAUUCAUUUAGUGAUUUAAAUAUUCCUAGAAUAGUUUUUAUCCUUUUUUAUUUCUUUUUCCCCUCUGAAUGCUAAAUUUUAGUACACCCUAUAUUUCUUAUUUUUUCAUCUCUCUUAAUUGCUGCUGCUACGGUAAAAUGUGCCCUUUACUAGUGAAAAAAAAAAAGCUUUAUUCUGAAUCUUAGUAUUUGAAUUUUGUGUAUGUACCACAUAUCAUGCAUCAGUUAGCCUCAAUGAAGAUUCUAUUUUGAACUAGAUGUAACCUGUCAAGAGUUUGCCAAGUAAUCCCAUUGCUUCCUCCAACGGCAAAAAUUCAGUGAUACUUCUUCUCAAGUGGUAUUUUGCCCCAGCACUUUUGAGUUUGAUCAGCAAAGAGAAUGGAUCUUUUAUAUCAGAAAUACUGUGAAUUAAAAAUUGCCAAAUCCCUUCUCAGUAUAUUCUAAAAACCCCUACAACACUUUACCUCCCUGUCUUUAAUGGUUUCUAACUAUACGGCCAAGUUUAAACUUGGGUUUGGUUCCCUUUGGUGAAGAUUAUGGCAUCAAAACAUUUCUAAACAAACGUCUUGAGUACAAGGCUAGAUUGGAAUGUCAGAUUUCUAGGACUGUGUUGUAAUUUGGUUUGAAUGUGCUUAAAGUGAGCAAUUAUAAUUUGCCUAAGUAUAAUACAACAAAUCCAUCAUGUAUAUUCCACUUUUUUCUACUUGAAGGCAUUCAUGUAUAUAUUUUAACUUCAGAUGUAUUUAAAAGAAUAAACAAUUGUAUCAAAAUUCUUCCAAUAAAAUUUGUUUCAAAACCUUCA